GUGUCGGUUCCUGUGAGGCAGCGGUGCACACUGCGCAACGCGUUUUUUUGUGCUAAUGCGCUACUAAAUAAACCUUUUUGACUCCUGUAGUGUUUGCCGUCGAAAUGGUGAAACUUUCCGCGGAGCUCAUCGAGCAGGCUGCUCAGUACACCAACCCUGUGCGGGACAGAGAGCUGGACUUGAGAGGUUAUAAAAUUCCAGUGCUUGAAAAUCUGGGAGCGACUCUGGACCAGUUUGACACCAUCGAUUUCUCGGAUAACGAGAUCAGGAAACUGGACGGCUUCCCUUUGCUGAAGAGACUAAAAACACUGCUCAUGAACAACAACAGAAUCUGUCGCAUCGGAGACAAUCUAGAGCAAUGCCUGCCGAGUCUGACGGAGCUGGUCCUCACCAACAACAACAUCCAGGAGCUGGGCGACCUGGACCCUCUGGCCUCAGUGAAAACACUGACUCUGCUCAGCUUGUUGAGGAAUCCUGUGACAAACAAGAAGCAUUACAGGCUGUACGUCAUCAACAAAAUCCCACAGAUUCGCGUGCUUGACUUCCAGAAGGUAAAACUGAAGGAACGCCAGGAGGCGGAGAAAAUGUUCAAGGGCAAACGGGGUGCUCAGCUUGCAAAGGAUAUUGCCAGGCGAACCAAAACGUUCACUCCUGGAGUUCCUGCACAGCCUGAGAAGAAGACGGGGCCGUCUCAAGCCGACGUGGAAGCCAUCAAGAACGCCAUUGCCAACGCUUCGUCCCUGGCGGAGGUGGAGAGGUUGAAGGGAAUGCUGCAGGCGGGUCAGAUACCAGGUCGGGAACUCAGACAAGGUGCUGUGGAGGAGGAGGAAGAGGAGGAAGAAGAGGAGACACCACAGAUGGAGCCACACGUGGAUGGAGGCUCUGGAGAAGAGAUGAACGAAGAGGACCAGGGAGAGGAUGAUGAAGAUAUGGAAGAAGAGCCACCUGUUAAUGGAUCCUGAGUUAAUGCCCAAGGCAUCUUGUUGACCCUUGUAGAUUUGUGUUGAACACGUAUUGACCUGAUUUCUUCUUGUUUUUUUGUUUUUUUUUUAAUUUGUAAAGCAACGGAUAUUAAACUGGUUUUCUUAUA